UAAUAUCAAUAUUGUUUUAGCCAUGAUUAUUAUCAUGAUUACAACUUGACAAAAAAAUUUAGAUGAUGAACACCGAUAAACGGACACCUGAAUUGAAGAAACAAAGCAAUUACCAUGGUCAUGAGGAUGAUGGAAACCAUAACAAUAAAUUAUUUGGUCAUAAACGUCCGGAAGAAAGCAACGAUUACCUCCGUAUUCACAAUCAGCUUCCUACGUCUACGAUGACGAUACAAAGACAAUAUUCCGAACGUUUGUUUCAAUGGUUAGAGCAGAAACGUUUGGAUCAAUCGUUUACGAUUCGAUUACCACGAUUUAAGGAUAUUGGCAAAUUUAUAACCUGUAAUUAUUUCUAUGAAACGGUGGCUGGUUACAGUUCAGAUGAACGGACACGUAGUUUUUAUGAUUCUUUAAAAAUUGGCGAUAAAUUUGUUGCCAAAGUGAUGCGCAUCUAUAGUCGUAAUGCUGAGGUUCUAUUAGUUUGGUCAUAUAAACGAGAUAUUAAUGAUCUAAAAUUGAAAGCUAAUCUACAAUUGGAACCGCAUCUUCGAAAGUCAAAAUUGAACAGAGGCCGUAAUAAUGACGAUGAUGGCCAUAACAUUGAACUUUCUGAAUUGAUCAAUGUUGAAUUAAUCAAUUUUGACCUUCGAUCUUAUCACCUAGACGUUAUACGUUGUGAAUCAAUUGAAAAAUAUGGACACGAUAAUGAUUUGGAUGAGAUAGAUGAAACAGCAAUUCGUCAUGGGCGAUUUCGUACAAUCAAACCAGAUCAACAAUCCUUUUUUGAUUAUAUGAUGGAUCAUAAUGACUUGAGGAAUCCAUCACUAGUUAAAUUACAUCCAUUCACUUCAUUGAAAAAUUUGGAUCACGUAGUCACCUGUCUUGAGUACAGAAACGAGGUUAAAGCACAUAAAUUGCAGGCAAAUGACGGGUCAGCUAUAAUUGCUGAAAGUAGCAAAGCUACAAUUGUUCCUACAGACAUUGACUUGACACCCAGAAAAAGUUCAAGUAUCGUUGAACCCAAAUUUUCAAAAUCUUUCCCGAAAAAACGAUCUCGAUCAUCAUCUUCGACAUCGACAUCGAGUGAUUCCAAAUCAUCAUCUUCCUCGUCAUCGCAUGGCCAUCACAGACGUAGAAGAUAUAAAUCAAAAGAUGACAAUAUAAACAACUAUAAUCGAAAAAAUAAAAAACGACGUCGUAGCCAUCAUCAUAAAAUGAAAAAAUCCCGUCAUAAACGUACAUCGUCAGUAAUAUCCAAUUCUUCAAGUGAAUCAGAAUCGAGAAAAAGCCAUAGAAAUAAAAAAAGAAAGAAAAAGAAAUCCUCAAAAGAUUCAAAACACCGUUCCAAAACUAAUAUCAAUGACAACAGGAUUGAUGAUAAAAUAUUGCAACUAUUGAAAUUUACUUGAGCAUUUUUUUUUGCU